CCCUGCCUGAUCGCUCUCCGGUGGGUGUGCACGGCCCCGCGCCCCCGCCCCUGCCAGCCCCGCCGAGCCCUCCCAAGCUCAGCCCCCGGCAAUGUGCAGCGCUCUCUCCUCGCCUUCCUGCAAGGGCUCAACUCCACUUUCAGCGCCUCCAGACUUUCUCUGCUUGUGCCGUGCCCUCCCUCUGGUCCAGCUCCUCCUGUGCCUGCCUCUCUGUGUCGGCGCUAUCCCGUUAAAAGGCUGCUGCUCCCGCUCCGCUGAACCAGAGCUCUGCCUGCCUUGAUCGGGAUGAAGGCUGGAGGUUAUCGGCGAGGGAAAGGAGAACUCUAGGCAGCUUUCCAUUUGCCAAGUGAGCAGUAAUUGCAAGAAGACAGCCUCCCCAGCUGGAAUCAAUAGUCUGCUUUCUGGCUGCUAAGGGCACUUUGGAGCAGCAGUAGGUCACUGAAGUAACUUCAGCACACUGCUGACUGCGGAGUUGUAAAGAACUACAUGCAAGUGGCUGCAGUAGUGCUGGAAAACGCUUUGCUGUUACCAGGGACACAAUAGUUUUCAAGUCAUUAGCGCUUCGAUUCUGCUCCGCUCCUUCCAUUACACAGAGAGGGUCAUUCUUUGGAGGAAUGAGGAUGGAGCUGUGAAUUUUUCUUUUGCGGUGUUCCAGUGUCCCCUUCUAGUGGAAGGGGGUAAGAGUGGGGGAAAAGAAGCUUUUAGAGACAAACCCCCACUGCUGCUGGACUCAGCUUCACCUGAAUUUCCCCAAACCUUUCCAGGCACAGAGAGGCACAAUGCCAGAGAACCUGAAUCUUCUUCGGGCUUUUGGGGGCUUUUUCUUUAUCUUCUGGACAGCUUUUAACACAGCCUUAGUGGAUGUGGUUGGAUCGGAGCAGCAGAUCCCCUUGUCAGUUGUAAAGCUCUGGGCCUCAGCCUUUGGUGGAGAGAUCAAAUCUAUUGCAGCCAAAUACUCAGGUUCCCAGCUCCUACAGAAGAAAUACAAAGAAUAUGAGAAGGAUGUUGCAAUAGAAGAAAUUGAUGGCCUUCAGCUUGUGAAAAAGUUAGCAAAGAAUAUGGAAGAAAUGUUUCAUAAGAAGUCUGAAGCUGUACGGCGUCUUGUUGAAGCUGCAGAAGAUGCUUACCUGAAACAUGAAUUUGAUGCUGACUUACAGUAUGAAUACUUCAAUGCUGUGCUCAUAAAUGAACGAGAUGAGGAAGGGAACUAUCUGGAGCUGGGGAAGGAGUUCAUCCUGGUGCCAAACGACCACUUCAACAACUUGCCUGUGAACAUCAGCCUGAGCGAUGUCCAAGUACCCACCAACAUGUACAACAAGGAUCCAGCCAUUGUAAAUGGAGUUUAUUGGUCAGAAUCUUUAAAUAAGGUGUUUGUUGAUAACUUUGAUCGUGACCCUUCUCUCAUCUGGCAGUACUUUGGAAGUGCAAAAGGAUUUUUCAGGCAAUAUCCAGGAAUUAAAUGGGAACCUGAUGAGAAUGGAGUGAUUGCAUUUGACUGCAGAAACAGAAAGUGGUACAUCCAGGCAGCAACUUCUCCAAAAGAUGUGGUAAUUUUAGUGGAUGUCAGUGGCAGUAUGAAAGGGCUUCGCCUGACUAUUGCCAAACAGACAGUUUCAUCCAUUUUGGAUACCCUUGGAGAUGAUGACUUCUUCAAUAUAAUUGCUUAUAAUGAAGAACUCCACUAUGUAGAGCCAUGUCUGAAUGGAACAUUAGUUCAAGCAGACAGAGCCAACAAAGAGCAUUUCAGGGAACACCUUGACAAACUUUUUGCAAAAGGAAUUGGAAUGCUGGACAUUGCUUUAAAUGAAGCUUUCAACAUGCUCAAUGAAUUCAAUCACACGGGACAAGGAAGCAUUUGCAGCCAGGCCAUAAUGCUGAUCACUGAUGGAGCUGUGGACACAUAUGAUACCAUAUUUGCAAAAUACAACUGGCCAGACAGAAAAGUCCGUAUUUUUACCUAUCUGAUUGGAAGAGAAGCUGCAUUUGCUGAUAACCUGAAGUGGAUGGCCUGUGCUAACAAAGGGUUUUUCACUCAGAUCUCUACCCUGGCUGAUGUGCAGGAGAACGUUAUGGAAUAUCUCCAUGUCCUCAGCCGCCCCAAGGUCAUUGACCAGGAGCACGACGUCGUGUGGACUGAAGCGUACAUUGACAGCACUCUCCCUCAGGCACAAAAGCUGGCUGAUGAUCAGGGAUUGGUGUUGAUGACAACUGUUGCCAUGCCAGUAUUUAGUAAGCAAAAUGAGACUAGGUCUAAAGGGAUUCUCCUGGGAGUAGUUGGCACAGAUGUUCCAGUUAAAGAGCUUUUGAAAACUAUUCCAAAAUACAAGUUAGGAAUUCAUGGAUAUGCUUUUGCAAUUACAAACAAUGGAUAUAUUUUGACUCACCCAGAACUCAGGCCUUUGUAUGAAGAGGGGAAGAAACGAAGAAAGCCCAACUACAGCAGUGUGGAUCUUUCUGAGGUGGAGUGGGAAGACAGAGAUGAUGUGCUUCGAAAUGCAAUGGUGAACCGGAAAACAGGAAAAUUCUCCAUGGAAGUGAAGAAGACAGUGGACAAAGGGAAGCGGGUCCUGGUGAUGACAAAUGACUACUAUUAUACAGACAUCAAGGGUACUCCAUUCAGUUUAGGUGUGGCUCUCUCUAGAGGACAUGGAAAAUACUUCUUCAGAGGGAAUGUAACUGUAGAAGAAGGUUUACAUGAUUUAGAACACCCUGAUGUAUCUUUAGCAGACGAAUGGUCCUACUGCAACACUGACCUGCACCCUGAGCACCGGCAGAUGACUCAGUUGGAAGCGAUCAAACGCUACCUCACAGGGAAGGAGCCCCUGCUCCAAUGUGAUAAAGAAUUGAUCCAGGAAGUUUUGUUUGAUGCUGUUGUGAGUGCACCAAUUGAAGCUUAUUGGACCAGUCUAGCAUUGAAUAAAUCAGAGAACUCUGACAAGGGGGUGGAAGUUGCCUUCCUUGGGACACGCACUGGGCUCUCUCGGAUCAACCUGUUUGUGGGGCCAGAGCAGCUGACCAACCAAGACUUCCUGACAGCUGAAGAUAAGGAGAACAUUUUUAACGCUGAUCAUUUUCCACUCUGGUACAGAAGAGCUGCUGAACAAAUACCUGGGAGCUUUGUCUACUCAAUCCCAUUCAGCACAGAAACUUCCAACAAGAGCAAUGUGGUGACAGCCAGUACUGCUAUUCAGCUUCUGGAUGACAGGAAAUCUCCAGUGGUUGCAGCUGUAGGUAUCCAGAUGAAACUUGAAUUUUUCCAGCGGAAAUUUUGGACUGCAAGCAGACAGUGUGCAUCUCUCGAUGGCAGAUGUGCUAUCAGUUGUGAUGAUGAAACAAUCAACUGUUACCUAAUAGAUAACAAUGGAUUUAUUUUAGUGUCUGAAGACUAUCAACAGACUGGUUACUUUUUUGGGGAGGUUGAAGGGGCUGUGAUGAACAAGUUACUAUCAAUGGGCUCUUUUAAGAGAAUUACCCUUUAUGACUACCAGGCCAUGUGUAGGACAAACAAAGAGAGUAGCGACAGUGCCCAUAGCUUACUGGACCCUUAUAAUGCCUUCUUUGCUGCAGUAAAGUGGAUUAUGACUGAACUUGUCUUGUUCCUUGUGGAAUUUAAUCUAUGCAGUUGGUGGCACUCUGAUCUAACAGCCAAAGCUCAGAGGCUGAAGCAGACCCUGGAGCCCUGUGACACAGAGUACCCAGCCUUUGUUUCCGAGCGCACCAUAAAGGAGACCACGGGGAACAUUGCUUGUGAUGACUGUUUCAAGUCUUUUGUUAUCCAGCAGAUCCCAAGUAGCAACCUCUUCAUGGUGGUAGUAGAUAAUGAAUGCUUCUGUGAUUCUAUCCCACCAAUUACCAUGGCACCUAUAGAAAUAAGAUAUAAUGAAUCCCUUAAAUGUGAACGGUUGAAAUCUCAGAAGAUAAGAAGGCGCCCAGAAUCUUGUCAUGGAUUUCACCCUGAAGAAAAUGCAAGAGAAUGUGGCGGUGUCUCAGGCCUUAGUGCUAAACCUUCUCUUGUUCUUCUUCCUCUGCUAUUGAUGAUUUUCUCCAGGUGACAUUGACUGAUGUGUUCAACUGGCAUGCUAAAACAUGGAUAAACUGUGAACUGGGAAAUGGUGCAACAUAGAGGACAUGAAAUAUAGUCAGAGCAUCAGCAUUUCAUGAUUUUAAACUGUUGGUGAUAUAAAUUCUUAAAGAUAUGUUGAAAAAAGAUUUAUCUUUUUACUUUGCAAGUCGUGCAGAUGUGAAUUUGGCAUAUGGCAGUCAUGAUUCAUCAAAAAAGGACUUGGUAGAUAGAGGUGACCAUUGCUUUGUCCCAUUGAAUACAAUUUAAACUGUGUACUUUUUUCAAUAAAGUAUAUUAAAAUCACAGUUUCAGAGUGUAUUUUAAGUAUGCUAAUAUAUUUGUUCAAAUAAUGAAUGAUGGGAAGAAAAUAAAAUAAAUGGAUGAUAUUUUA